GGUCGGGGGUAAGUAGACGUAGCGGGGUCAGGAAGCUUGGGGCCAGAGGCCUGGCGCAUCGGCGACGAGUCGGGGCGUCAGUGUACCCUGCCGGGGGAGAUCGACUCGCUAGCGGCUGGACUCCGAGCCCUUAGGACUUUGUGGUUUAUUUAACUCAUUUGAAUACUGCUCUAUCUGCGGUAUCAUCUCCAUGGGACCCUGCUUUGGAAGAAGGUCAGGAGAAGGUCCAGGAAGAAUAUUAUAAAAAUGGAAAAACAUAUACUUCAAAUGUGGCAAGAAAAGAAUAAGGACUGUUGGUCACAACUGGUUGAAUUCAGGAUUGUGUAUGCUGGAAGGAAAGUCAGAUGUGAACUCUAAUUUCUUUGUUCAAAUAAGCAUCUCUUAGGAAAUUUCCAAAAAGGAGUUAUUUGAAGAAAAAUGAGUUUCUUCAAUCAACUGUGAUCUCUCCUCUAAAUGAAGAACUCUUAAGGCUUCAUUCUGAUACAGGCACUGAAAGUUUAUCUGCAGCUCAGAAAAGCGAAGACAUGGGAUUUUGAGGAGUGAAGAUAGCAUGGUGUCGGCCAUGGGUGAUCAUGCCACAGCCAGACCAUGUGGACCAGUUUCUCCAGACUCCGGCUUUUCUGCUGUCUGCUUGCGGUGUUGAUGGUGGUGGUGCUCGUCAUCAAUGUGACUCAGGUCGAGUACUUGGACCACGAGACUGUUUCAGCCACAUUCAUCGACAGCAGUGGUCAGUUUGUUUCCUCCCAGACAACGGGUGUUAGCCGGACUCCAUACUGUGGCUAUGAACACCAGACCCUCUCCAGCCGGGAGCGCGUGGAGGAGGACUCAUUGCUGGCAGCCUUGCAGUGGCAGGUGCCUGAUGUGGGCCCAGUCCCUUUUGUGAAAAGCACCGACCCUUCUUCUAGCUACUUUGUCAUCUUGAACUCUGCAGCCCUCUUCAGGGUGGGAAGCCAGCUGGAAGUACUGGUUCAUGUUCAGGACUUUCAACGAAAACCCAAGAAAUAUGGUGGAGACUACCUACAGGCCAGAAUCCACUCCCCCAGGCUGCAGGCAGGGGCCGUGGGCAGAGUGGUAGACUACCAGAAUGGGUUUUACAAGGUUUUUUUUACUCUUCUUUGGCCAGGCAAAGUUAAAGUGUCUAUAUCGCUGGUCCACCCCAGUGAGGGAAUCAGAGUGCUUCAGCAGCUACAGGAAGAGAAACCAGACAGAGUUUAUUUCAAGAGUCUGUUCCGAUCAGGAAGAAUUUCUGAAACAACUGAGUGCAAUGUGUGUCUUCCUGGGAGUCUACCCCUGUGUAACUUUACAGAUCUCUAUACUGGAGAGCCCUGGUUCUGCUUCAAACCAAAGAAGCUUCCUUGCAGCAGCAGAAUUAACCAUUUCAAAGGUGGAUACCUGAAGGGCCUUCUCACUGCUGCAGAGAGUGCUUUCUUCCAGAGUGGUGUCAAUAUCAAAGUGCCAAUCAACUCUAGUGGACCUGACUGGGUGACUGUGAUUCCCAGGAGAAUAAAAGAAACUAGCAACCUAGAACUUUUUCAAGGCUCAGGAAUUUUUCCUUCUGGUUAUUACUACAAAGACCAGUGGAGGCCCAGAAAGUUUAAAAUGCGCCAGUUUAAUGACCCAGACAACAUAACAGAAUGCUUACAGAGAAAAAUGGUGUAUUUAUUUGGUGACUCGACAAUCAGGCAAUGGUUUGAAUACCUCACUACCUUUGUUCCAGAUUUAGUGGAGUUUAACUUGGGUAGUCCCAAGAAUGUGGGUCCCUUCCUCGCAGUGGACCAGAAGCACAACAUCCUGCUCAAAUACCGCUGCCACGGCCCCCCCAUCCGCUUCACGACUGUGUUUAGCAAUGAGCUCCAUUAUGUGGCGAAUGAGUUGAAUGGCAUCGUGGGAGGGAAGAAUACAGUGGUUGCCAUAGCCAUAUGGUCUCACUUCAGUACCUUCCCCUUGGAAGUGUACAUCCGGCGGCUCAGGAACAUCCGGCGAGCAGUGGUCCAGCUCCUGGAUCGAAGCCCUAAAACUGUGGUGGUCAUCAGGACAGCCAAUGCCCAAGAGCUGGGGCCCGAGGUGAGCCUUUUCAACAGCGACUGGUACAACUUCCAGCUGGACACCAUCCUCCGCAGGAUGUUCUCCGGGGUUGGAGUGUAUCUUGUGGAUGCCUGGGAGAUGACCCUAGCCCAUUAUCUGCCCCACAAGCUUCAUCCAGAUGAAGUGAUUGUGAAGAACCAGCUGGACAUGUUCUUGUCGUUUGUCUGUCCCUUGGAGACCUAGACUGCCUUGGAGGGGACUAGAGGAAUCAGAUUCAGUGACCUUCCCAGUUGACCUGCAUUACUGAAAGUAUUUGGGGGCCCGUUUGAGAGAUGUCAGCCAUUAUUAUGUACAAAAUUUCAAACAGAGCUGAACUCUGCAUAGUGAUUGGUUAGGAGCUUAGAAAAUGCAGGUUACAUUUAUGUCUACCUAGGAUUUUUUCCAAUCUUGACAUAGCCAUGAUAGAAACCUUAUUAACAGCAUCUACACACACUGUACUACUCUUAUAACCAAAGAUGCUAAUGAGUAUUAUUUAAAGUAGCUUCUCCUGGAAGAGAGAUUACUAUGCUAAAAAGUGUGGAAAAUGUUCUGACUUAAAUGAAAGAGACUCCUUUGGUUGGUAGUGGGGUGCUUUGUAGUUUAUCCAGUAAAAGAAAUUGAACACUGUGCCUGAAAAACAAGUGGUCCAUCUUCAGGGGUGAACUAGAGAAUACAUAUAAUCAGGCACUUGUGAAUACACUGGCUGUGUUUCAGGAGUUUAUCUUGAUAUUCUACCUGCUCUGAAUUACUUGAAAAGGCCAAUGUGCUUGGUCAGAAUUUUAUAAUGAGAAUGUCAACAAUUUUCUGCUUUUAUCUAGAAAAGAAGUAAAAGGGAAUUAUGAAAGCAGUAUACAUAAAAUUUGUGCUUUGAAUUGAUAUUUGCAUUGAGUGAUUCUUACUUGAUUCAGCUACAUUUUAUGUAAUGAAUACUUAUUCUAGAAAAACCACUUUUGGAACUGGAAAAGGGAAAUCUGUAAAUGGAAAUUUAUUUUUAUGUUCUGAAGCCUGAGGUUUUAAGAAUUGACUUCUAUGUAAAGAAUGCUAUCGACUGUUAUAAAGUUGUGGAAGAGUUUUCUGCCAGUUUCAAGUAUUUCUUUUAUUGGUUGUUAUUUUGAAUUAUAUACCAAAACCAGGAAUUAAAAUCUAAUUACAAAUUAAUAAAAUUAGCUGUUAAAUCCA